AGGUUUUAUCGGGGUCUUUUUUUGUCCGACUUUGAAUAAAGCCUUGAAUUGUACUUUUGUUUGAUCUUCUGGGAACCACUUGGUGUCUAAAUCUAUCGGAGAAUAACCUGCAGAGUCAGACUCUGUAGUUACUUUUGAAACGCACUGCAAUUUUCUGAAAACAAAGAAGAAAUACUUCAUUCUGCUUUUUGAAAAGAUCCAAAAAGCGAUAUGCACCCGAACUAUCCGCACCUUACCGCGCCUGCGCAGCUGCAGUCAGCAGCGGGCUACGCGACGAUACAAAAGAGAUUGCCCAACCCGGUGAUCGUGGCCAAUGAAGCGAUCGGCUACGUCAGCAUGUGUAUUGAUUUCUUUUUUUUCGCGGACUUGGUUGCCUGUCGUGAAACUAACUAUGCGAUGCGAUGAACUAACAUCAAUGUGAUGCAAACAAAUUUUUGAAAUUUAUCGCAAAGUUGUUGAAAUUGUCAUUCAGGCAACGACACGAGAUGGCGAUCCUACUCGCAGGAGGACUUGAUAAAUCGCGUGAAGGAAAACCGGCAGAAGUUCAUCGGCAAGGAAUUUACCGUCGGCUUCACCGGGGGGAAACUCCAGGGUAAGAAGAUUCAGGUGUGCGGGAUGGACCAGACGAAAUUUCAUUGUGAGGUCGUCUCGGAUUCCUCCAGCUCAGAAUCGGGCAACAUGCAAAACCGAAAUAACUUCAUGAGCUUCACGCCGUCCAGUCGCGUCUCAGGGCCCAAUAUGUACUCCAGCCCGCAGCAGGACGCGGUACAAAAAUUUUUGCUUUGAAGAGUCGUACGGUUUACCGAGAUGGCUUUUCUGCAACUUCCUCUUUCAAGAUCUGAAAAAAAGUCUUUUAUUCGGCCGAAAUUUUCAUUUAACAGAAAUACAACAUGCCGUCUCCAUCCGUUGAUGAGUAUUACAUGGGCGGCUCAAGUAGCAGUUCAGCGAACGGGGAGAGCAACAAGUCCAGAUCGCCGAAGCGACUUUCGAUGGCACAGAGGCAAAUGCAGGUAUAGUAGCGGAAAAUUUGUUCUGCUGUACCAUGCGGAUAGAGGUAAAUUCAUCGAUCAAACAUUUCACACGAUCAAAACAAAGAUGCGUGAUUAUCAACAAGCAAAAACCACUAUCAAGGUAAACGACCGCGGCAACGCGACGCACUCCACUACUGCUGGGGAAUCCUCUGGCUUGGAAAGUGGCGUCGAAGUGGUGAAGCUGCAAAUAGGAAACUUAGUUCCAGUCGGCUCCGCGCACGCGGCUCACGAAGUACUUGUGUUUUGUGAUGCGUGAAUGCCACAUCUUGAAGAUGCUGCGUCCUCUGUCACGGACUCCCUAAUUUUGCAAUCGGAAAAAAAAAACAUAAUCGACAUCACCCCAGGCCGCCCAGCUUGCCCGUGCGUUUCCCGGUCCCUACGACAUGCAGCAGGUGCGAUCGAGUUCCUGGAAUGGAAACUUGACUUUCGAGCGCGUGGAGCGAAAAGUCCAACAGGCGAUCUUUUUCUUCAAAGGCCAGCCCCCGGUCGGGGCGAAGGACCAGACGAUCUUUAACCGGGAGUUGUUUCAGUCCUUGAACGCACGCUACAGAACCGACGAGCUGCACCGACUGGACAUUCUCGAAAUCCUGCUCAAGGCGAAGAAGGUCAGUUUCUUCCAAGUCCAGUGCAAAGAGCUGUGUCUCUGGGAGGACGAGGAAAAGAACAUCCAGCUUGACAAGGUGAACAUUGAAACCAACACGAAGAGGUUGCGGAUCAAGAACAUGGACGCCGCAAGGCACAAGCACAAGAUGAAAGGUAGAUCAUGCUGCAUUGAUGUAGUUCUCAUCGGUUGUAGAAGAUGGAUCUUUUUUUUAAAAACAAUGUUGAUGUUUUUGCGCACCUUUGAAAUGCAUGAUGCCAGCAUGACGCAAGCUAGAUUCCAUUUUUACAAUACAGAGCAAAACGUGAUGUACGGGAUGGCGCUCCAGGCGGUCCGACCGGCCUGUGUUGGUAAUGGUUUAGUCAACUUCGCGCAGUUCGACUAUGGGUUGACGCGCGACGCAAAGUUUGAGAACCAGAUCUACACGCGCUUUGUCAAGUUCGUCAAAUACGGAAUGUGCGAAAGGUGUCAGCACUACUACCUCGAGCGCGGUUCCCAGCAGCAAGCUCAACAGCAGCAACAGGCGAGCGCCGGAAAUCCGGUGGCGCAACAGCAACGACCCAGCUUCAACCUAGCCGCGACCAACGCCCGUCCGAGCGUCCAACUGUUCCAGAACUACCAAGGGAGCAGUGCUGCGAACUCGGGAAAAUUCGUUGCGAGAAACGAAUUCUGAGCUGUUGCAGCUGCUGAGGGGAGGGAGUGACACAGACACUUUUUUAAAUGCUGAUCGCUAGUGGUCUGCACAGAUAGCAUUAGCACCGAGGCUGUGUGGCUUUACCGAGUAAAGCUUGCGGCUUGAGAGGCUAUUGACGUUGUUUACUUGUUUGAAUUUUAUCACAUUUUUUUCAGUUUAUCAGUUUCAGGGUAUUGCAACUUUCAACUUUAGUUUUCAUCUUCAGAACAGCAAAAAUUACGUCUUUAGUUCGAUUGUGGGAUGGAGAACUGAACUACUGACAGAAAGGGGAGCAGAUUCGUAUGCGUACUAAUUACAUCGAGGCGAUUGGAGAAGUAUUUACGAACUCUGAUUUGACUUUGAUUCACGCACGUAUCGUAUGGUUUUUAUCUGAUUUUACACUUUCGAUCCGUUUCUUGUUGAUUAUCUUCUUUGUGACAUCCUUGUUUCAGGUUUCCUAUGCUUGAUUUUGCGUAUACACUUUCAUUUUUUUUGUAUUCCAGGUUUCAAUUGCAUUGCGAUAUCUUCAUCUUCAGCAGGAUUACAAUGCACUUUGUGCAUAGCUUUCCUAGAAAUCAACUUGCAAUUAAAAGCAAAACUUAACUUUCUGAACAACUACCCGGGCAGUUCUGUCCUGCCACCACUUGACUUUUUUUGCAACUCAUUCUAUUCAGCUACUAGCUACCGUGACGACGCGUACCGUCAGAAGCUGAGUAAGAAAAAAUGCUCCUUUCGACCGCGACCGCUUUUUCUGACUAACGUACAACGCGAAUGAACUUUACGUUUCAAUGGUAGAAUGAACGCAAAGAAAUACUAAAACAACUGUACACAAAAAAAAGUUAAGCAAGCUUUCUAAAUCAAGUAUGACUGUAUCAAAUUUUUGGCCCCGCGGUCGUUGCAGUUCAAGGCUGCAAUGGCUAUCGGGCGCGCUUGUUUCGGUUUCCUGUACCAAUUCCAUUUAACCACGACUGUACAAAUUAUUUAUCAGAAAUUCGUCUGUUUCAACUUCAAGUAAUCACAAUGGGAAGCAGCUGCAGUCUCUCUGAGAACGCAGUUGGAGAUCACAUUGAACACGAAAACGACGACCAGCUGAACACUGUAAACCUAGUUCGAACGAUUGAAGCUGGAAUAUCGAUUCUUGAAUAAUUGUUGUAAAUUCAGUGGGCAGGAGCCUUGCAGUUGCUACGGGAGUGGAGCACGAAGAAAAAAACUUGACUCAAU